GAUUGUACCAACUUGACCUGUACUAAUGACUGUGAAUAUUCGUUCUUGGAAUACUGAGUAACCUCAUUCAUAUUCUGGUCCAUUGAUUUAUUUACUCACAAUUCACUUGGUACUCUUAUCUGUUCGUUUACCAUAUUAUUUGUGUAAUAAUAAUUGGACGGCGUUUAGUUAAUGCAUGAAUUGAUCCGCCUUUACCAUUCAAGUACAGUGUGCUGUAUGUGUUGGACGUGUUUCUGCGCCAAUUGUUCUAGUGUAUUACGUACAUAAUCAGAAGAUAAACUCACAAAUCGCGCUGAUAAGAAUGAAUUUCGAAACCAAGCUUCACGUUCCUUUUAUCGACGUGACGAUUGAUGAAAAUAACAUCCAGGAAGGAGCAUUGGAAGUACUGAAAAUCAUCAGACCAAGGUGGAAACAAGACACCAUUAGAUUCAAGUUGUUAACAGAUGGCAUAACCAAUAAAUUGGUAGGAUGCAAACCUGAGGAUGCUGAUGAGGAAGAAACUGUGCUGGUGAGGGUGUAUGGAAAUAAAACAGAUCUGCUCAUAGAUAGAGAAGCUGAAACUAGAAAUAUAAUGAUUCUGAAUAAGGCAGGACUGUCUCCCCACCUGUAUGCAACCUACAGAAACGGCUUGGCAUAUCGGUAUGUCCCAGGAAAUACUCUCACCAGUGAGACAGUUAUGAAUCCAAGCAUAUACGAGUUGGUUGCGAGGCGAUUGGCAUUGGUACAUAGAGUCAACGUGAAUGGGGUAUCAUGCACUCAACCAAUCAUAUGGGAUAAGCUGAAGGACUUCUUGAAUCUUGUUCCAGAUUCUUUCUCAGAUAACGAAAAAAAUAUGAGGUAUCUGAAGAACGUCACCCACAAAUCUGAAAUAGUUAAGGAAGCGAAUGAAUUGCGACCAAUCCUUGAGGAACUCAAUAGUCCUAUAGUUUUUGCACACAACGACUUGCUUCUUGGUAAUAUAAUCUUCACCGAGAGUAAAAAUGUGGUUACUUUUAUAGACUAUGAGUAUGCAGCCCAUAACUAUCAAGCUUUUGAUAUUGCGAAUCACUUCGCAGAGUUUGCUGGCUUGAACUCCAUACUUGAUUACUCAAAAUAUCCGAACAAAGAAUUCCAAGAGAGAUGGUUGAGGAUAUAUCUGAAUGAGUUCAAUGGAACGAAGCCCAGUAAAAAGGAUAUAGAAAUAUUGUAUGUUCAAGUGAAUAAAUUUGUAUUACUAUCUCAUAUUUUCUGGGGUAUAUGGGCAUUGAUUCAAGCAGAACACUCUUAUAUCGUUUUCGAUUAUAUGGGAUAUGCAACAACUCGUUUCAAUGAAUACUUCCGAUUGAAGAAUGAUAUGUUAUCUUUGGAGCUGCCAGUUUGAUCAAUUCAUACGAGUAUUGAGAAGAACCUAUCUAGUUGAUUUUGACAAAAUAUAUUAUCCUGUGAAAUAAACACACCUUUAAGAAUGU